GUUUCCCUAUAUUUGCCAUGAUUUUAUUGUAGGGUUUACCAAGUUACCGCUCAUUCUCCUCUUAUUCCAGUUUUCACAAUGUCAAACGAAAAGGUGGAUUUUUCACUCAAAGAAACUUCUCCUAAAAUCGGCGGAGGGAGAGUUUCUGGUAGCGAGAGACUGACGUCCUCCUUUGACCUUGUCGAACAACUUCAUUUCCUCUACGUAAGAAUUGUCAGAGCCAGAGGCUUGGCGGAGCCCUGUGACCCUUUUGUGGAAAUCAAAAUUGGAAACUACAGAGCUACAUCAAGAGACUUUGAGAAUAGAUUCGACCCGGAGUGGAACCAAGUGUUUGCAUUUACCAAAGAUAGAAUUCAAGCAGUGUCUGUGGAGGUCUCUGUGAGGGACAAGGUGAGUGCUGCAAUCAUCGGAGUUGUGUCAUUUCCUAUCUCUGACAUUCCUAGCCGUGUUCCUCCCGACAGUCCUCUGGCGCCGAUAUGGUACAUAUUGGAGGAUCAAGAUGGGAAGAAAGGGGAGAGAGGAGAGUUAAUGAUGACUGUAUGGAUGGGGACGCAGGCUGACGAAGUUUUCCCUGAGGCUUGGCAUGCGGAUGCUGCGGCUGUCAGUGGUGAAAGCAUCACGAAUACUCGUUCCAAAGUGUAUCUUUCUCCGAGACUUUGGUAUCUCAGGAUUAAUAUAAUUCAAGCACAGGAUUUGGUGUUCCCAAACAGGAACAGGAAACCGGAGGUUCUUGUUAAGGGCAUUCUUGGGCAUUUAGUUUUGAGAAGUAGAGUUUCGAAGGACAAUAGUAUCAAUCCCACAUGGAACGAAGACAUGAUGUUUGUAGCUGCGGAACCGUUUGAUGAUCCUUUGACUCUGACAGUGGAGGAUAAAAUCGGGGAGAACAUGGAGGAAUGUUUGGGGAAAUGUGUGAUUCAUUUAUCCAAAGUGCAGAAAAGGAAUCUUCCAAUGGCUGCAAGUGCUAAUUGGUACAAUUUGGAGAGAAUUGUGAAGGAGGGUGAAGAAGGCAGGGAUGUGAGAUUUGCUAGCAGGCUCCAUAUGAGGGUUUCUCUGGAUGGAGGGUAUCAUGUUGCGGAUGAAUCUACAUAUUACAGUAGUGAUUUCAGAGCAACAGCUAAGAUGUUAUGGAAAGCCCCCAUUGGAGUCUUGGAAUUGGGUAUCUUGAAUGCGACAGGGUUGAUUCCAAUGAAGUCGAAGAACCAGAAAGGAACCACGGAUGCUUACUGUGUAGCCAAAUAUGGACCAAAGUGGGUGAGGACCAGGACAAUUGUUGACAGUCUCGUUCCGAAAUGGCACGAACAGUACACCUGGGAGGUUUAUGAUCCAUACACAGUGAUUUCAAUCGGAGUUUUCGAUAAUUGUCACUUGGAAGGAGGAAGGGGAAGGGAUCAGACGAUUGGGAAGGUGAGAAUUCGACUAUCUACACUCCAAAGUGAUAGAAUUUACACACUUUCGUAUCCACUCAUAGUGUUGCACCUCGGUGGAGUGAAGAAGAUGGGGGAACUUCAGUUGGCUGUGAGGUUCACUUGUUCAAAUUUGACCAAUUUGCUUAUAUGUUACUCGCAGCCUCUGUUUCCCAAAAUGCAUUAUAGUCAUCCCCUGUCUGUGUUUCAAAUCGAUAGCUUGAGGGACCAAGCUUCUAACAUUUUGUGCCUGCGGUUGUCCAGGGCGGAGCCGCCGUUGAGGAGGGAGGUUGUGGAGUACAUGCUGGAUGUUGGUUCCAACAUGUGGAGUAUGAGAAAGGGUAAGGCUAAUUUUGCGAGAAUUGUUGCUGCUCUUGAUGGAUUAGUUGUGGCUUGGAAAUAUUUGAACGAGAUUUGCAAAUGGAAGAAUCCGACAGGCACGGUUUUCGCUCACUUCCUUUUCUUGGUUGUUCUUGCAAACCCGCAAAUGAUCAUUGUCGCAUUCUUCGUUGGCUGUUUCUUCUUGGGGCUAUGGAAUUUCAGGAAUCGGCCAAGACGCCCUCUCCACAUGGAUACCAAAAUUUCCCUCGCUGAAACUGCAACCCCCGAUGAAUUGGAUGAGGAGUUCGACAGGUUUCCGUCGGCGGCGCCAGUGAAUCGUCUUCGGGUGAGAUAUGACCGGCUGAGGGGGAUUGCGGGGCGGUGUAUAUUGGUGAUGGGAGACAUCGCGACUCAGCUGGAGAGGUUUCGAUCCCUGUUGAGCUGGAGAGAUCCCAGGGCUACUAUGCUGUUUGUGGCGUUCUGUUUUGUUGCUAGUGUCGUCGUGUUCGUUACUCCUUACAAGGUUUUGCUUGCAGUAGGCGGGUUCUAUGUAAUGAGGCAUCCGAGGUUGCGGGUUAGUCUUCCCUCUGCGCCACAAAACUUCUUCCGCCGGCUGCCCACGAGAUUAGAUAGCAUGCUAUGAGAUUGAAUGAAGCAUGCUUCGUUUUGAUUUUUGUAAUUUCUUCAUGAUUUUUCAACCUUUUAUAAAAUAACAUUAACCGUGUUUUCUUCAUUUUGGGAAUGAAUGAAUGAUUAGAUACUUG